CGGCACUUGCUAGAAACCCUGCAGUUUUGGUAUAUCUGUGCCUAAAGGAGAUAUAAAUGUAUAUUAUCUUCAGGCAAAUAUGUGGUAGAUACCUGGGUCCUGCUGCGUGGCCUCAGAAGCUGGUUACUCUGUUCAGACGUAAUUACUAAUCAGCUAAGUUAUGGUAUAUAUGAUUUCCCCUACAGGUGCUAAGUGUGAAAGAUGAAGAAGCUGAGCUCGGAGUCGCUGCCGAAGACACAAGAAGGGGACUUUUUGAAUACUGUGUAUCAGCUGCCUGGUUUCCCACAGAACGAGGAAAGAUCUGCCUCUACAGAUUACAAUCGUGACGGAUUAUUGAAGACAGCAGAAAGGUUCCUUAACACACAAAUUCAGGAAGGAGACCCCCAGGCACGUUUCCUUCUUGGGCAACUAUAUUUUGAAGAGGGUUGGUAUAAAGAUGCAUUAGUACAGUUUGAGAAAGUAAAGGAAAAUGACUACCAGGCUCUGUAUCAGGUUGGAGUGAUGAAUUACGAUGGCCUGGGAAUCGAGGAAAACCCAGAAAAAGGGGUAGAAUGUAUGAAGAGAAUAGUUGCAUCUAACAGCCCCAAAGCGAAACACUUAAAAUACGCUGCAGCAUACAAUUUGGGACGAGCGUAUUAUGAGGGAUAUGGAGUACCUCAUUCAGAUACGGAUGCAGAAAGGUGGUGGCUUCUUGCGGCUGACAAUGGGAAUCCCAAAGCAAGCAUCAAGGCCCAGAGCGUGCUGGGAAUGUAUUAUACAAAACCUCCUAAUCAAGAUCUGCAAAAGGCCUUUUUCUGGCAUUCAGAAGCUUGUGCUAACGGAAGUUUGGAGUCUCAGGGUGCUCUCGGUGUGAUGUAUCUCAACGGACUGGGUGUGAAGAAGGAUUUGCAAUCUGCCAUGGAGUGUCUGAAGGAAGCCGCCGAGCGUGGAAAUGCAUACGCGCAUGGACAUCUGGUCAGCUACUACUAUCACCGGAAACUUUAUACAACUGCUGCUGAGCUAGCCAAAAAGAUCAUACCAUAUGACAACAUAGAGCUCCUAGCACAGGCUACAGAUUGCCUUCCCACAUUCACGGCCAAAGGAGUUGCCAUGGCCACUUUCUAUUUGGCCCGCUGUCUUCAGCUUGGGUUAGGCAUAAAACAAGAUACAGCCGCUGCCAUGAAAUAUUAUGCCAAGGCUUGCCGCCUGGAUAUAAAUGUAGCUGCAGAUCUGCACUUGGAACUCAUCUAUGGGAGAAUCUAACUUCAUAUCCAGGCCUGACGUGGGAAUUAAUCUACAUCUCAGCUCAUCUACAUAGUAUUCACACCAUUUGUUCUUUAAAGCUCUGUUAACAUGGCGUCAUCUCACUGUUUGGCCAAAUAUGUGGAUACCCUUGGAAUUAAAAGCAAGUUUUAAUUACA